CCCAGUCAGGCCUCACUAAACCAGGUAGUGCUGCGGUGCCCUCAGACUCGGGGCUGAACUUAUGAAGUCAUACUGACUGCUGUUUAGUCCACAACUCUCCCGGAUUUCUACCUGUCUGUAACUUAGCAGGUAGCUGCAAUAUUUAUCAAAGGAGAGAAUUCACUGCUCAGCACAAGGUGCUAUGAAGGAGCCUCUGUUUCACUGAAAGGCAGAAAGAAAUUUCCCUUCAGUGGCAUGUUGGAGUAAAAUCAGGAGGUGAAGAAACCUGUUAAUUUCAGUUGCAGUGGGUGGAGAAGGAAAGCUUUGCAAUCAGACAAAAGGGAAGUGGAUCAUAGAGGAGGAAACUGAGGAGAAAAGAAAGAGCAGGAGUCCUUAACUGAAGACGAGACAGUGGGCUGUGGAGAGCCGGCGUAGCAGAGCAGCGGCAGGAGCGUCUGUGGGCGGGGAGAGAGGAAGUGUGGCCAACAGGAGAGGAAUUUAAAGUCCCAUUGUUCUGGAGGAGCAGAGGCAGAGAGAAGUGAGGAGCCGAGGAGCGGAACCACUGACUGACGCUGGAAACCAUGGACGUGAGCUCAGCCAUGGCAAAGAUGUCUGUAAAGCAGAGAGCAGGAGGAGCAGGAGGAGGAGAUGGAGCAGCAGUGUGUCUCAUAUGCAAAGAGAGUUGCUCUGGAUUUCAACCACAUUCUUGGAGGAAGGCCUGCAUGACUUGUGGCUGCAGCACGGUCGACCACGCUCCUGGGGGUGACCUCGAGGAUGACCACUGCAUGGGACGCCUUCUCUCUGAAUCGCCCUGCUCCCAUUUGACAGCAAAAGUCAAGGGAGGGGGCGGCCUUCGUAUGUACAAGAGGAACCGUAUGAUUGUGACAAAUCCAGUGGUGUCACGCAAAGACCCGACAUUCAGCACCACAACAUACGACUGGGCUCCAGCUAGUCUCAACCAGAAACUGGCUGUGCAGUACAUGGAGCUCAUCCCGAAAAGUCGACGGCCAGUCUCAGGGACGGAUGGAGCUUCAGAGCGACGCAAGCAGCUCCUCAGCCAGCUCCCUGUCUAUGACCAGGACCCCAUGAAGUGUCAGAGCCUGGCCAGUGAGGAGGAGAUUUCCUCUAUGCUGCUGUUUGUGAAGAACUACAAGCAGGAGGUGCUUGGAGUCGCGGAGGUGGCCUUACCUGGCGAGGGCACAGCUUUGAGGGAAGCAGCCAUUCAGAGGACUGCAAAAGAAGCUAAGGAUCGCAGCAACAGUGACAAGAAAGAUGCUCUGCAGCACCAGGACCAUGGCUCGACCAAUAGCUGCACCUCCUCCUCUGCUGGUUCCACUAACGGCACAGAUGACGGCACUAAGAAAGAAUAUCGCUGCACUGGUUGCCACGAGGAGGUUGCCAAGGAGAGUCCUGCAGUUUAUGCUGAGCGUGCAGGUUACCAUAAUGCCCUGUGGCAUCCCACAUGUUUCGCAUGUUCAGAGUGUGGCCAGGGACUGGUGGACCUGGUCUACUUCUGGUCCAACCAGAGACUGUUCUGUGGACGACACUACUGUCAGACGGUUUGGCCGCGAUGUGCUGGCUGUGAUGAGUUAAUCUUCUGCCAGUCUUUUCAUGCUUCAGAAGAUGGACGGACAUGGCAUCAUCAACAUUACUGCUGCUGGAAGUGUGGGCAAAGCCUGGAAACUCCCUGUCAACACUGAGACACCGACACCCAUAGAGGUUCUUCAGAUACAGUGAAUCACUAGUGAAUGUCAGACAAGACAAAAAAAGUUUGUUUUUUUACAUAAAAUAAAAGAAAUAAGUAAUGAAAACUUACAUUAUGCAGGAUAAGUCGUCAAAAUGCCCAGCUGAUUUAUUGGUGUUUAAAAUACUUAAGAGAUUUAGCUUUAGUUGUGGCACUCAGGCACUUCUUUAACUCCAAUGGGGUCUUAAGUACUACUUAUUUGCCGACACAAGGUGUUUAAAGUACUUUAAGUGAAGCAAAACAGUCAGUCGAUUUAUUAGCACUUUAAGUACCUCACAGUGACGGGUGCCAGGUGAGGUGAUUUCAGCCUGGAGUUAUUCAGAACAGAUCACACAUUGGCGGACCAAUAUAAAUUAAAAUGAAUAAACAAAUACGAUGAUUAAAGAAAUAAAUUAUAAUUUAUAUUUAUUAAUCAGACAAUUUGCAAAGCAAUAUAAAGUCAUUAGUCUUUAGUGACUUUCUUGGUCCAGAACUCGCACGACUCACGCUGUUGAUGUUCAAAGUUGUUUGGACUUUUCUGUAAUCAGGUGUCAUUUCAAGAUUCUCUUUUUUUAUUAUUAUUUAAAAGACAAUAAAAAUGAAUCUCGUUUAAAUCAAGUUAAAGGAAGUUUAGAAGAUAUAGGCAGAAACAUAGAUUUGCUAGAAAAUGUAGCAUAAUCAUUAUUACAUUUACAGGUAUACAGAAAUCACCCAGUGUACUAAUGUGUACAUGGAGAAGUAUUAUUUUUAAAUUACUCUUCAAUCCUAGAAAAUUGUGUUUGUACAAAUUUGUGUUUCACCUAUAACACAUAUUUUGAGCAGAAACAACCUCAUUGUUUAUCUCACACCUAAGAGAACUGGACAGGUGGAAGGUUGGAAUAAUCAUAAUCAGUUAUUAGCAGUUAGCAUGCAACAGCUGAUCAUUUGUUCAUCCCCCACUGCUUUUAAUACAAACGUAUGAUUAAUAUGUGAUUAUAUUUAAUUUCCUUCUCUUCUAUUCCUUGUGUGCGGUUACAGUUAAACUACAGAUUUGUUUGAUGAUUUAGCCUCUGGCUGCUGCUGCUGAGCACUGCUUCAUGUUUCUUUACGCCUUCACUUAUAUCCUUGAUAAAAAUGUAGCAAAGGUUUAAGAAUCCGAGCAGCUCUGUAUGGCAAAAGUAACUUCACAAAAAACUGGAUACAGUGUAAAACAGGAACAAUAUAAAGUGAAAUACACACAAAGAUAUGCUAUAUAUAAUCUCUGUGUAAAAUCAUAAACAAGGAUUUCUCAAAAAUCUGCUCUGAGGGAAAUUGUUUUUAUCAGUUUUGAAUUAAACUGUCAACGAAUUGUGUCGUGAAACUUUGUGUCAUAUGUAAUGAUAAGAUUUUAGCAUGGUAACUUUGCUUUGAGUGUUUACAUCAUCAGGUCAACUCUAAUUAACAUAAUUCUGUGCCUUGAUAUAUAUAUAUCAAUAUAACGCUAUGUUCAAUAAAUAUAGAUUACAUUGUAGUCUUUGCUCUUCAAUCUCUAAUGUAUAUCAAGUGUUCUUAGCUUAGCUUUUUAGAAAAAUCUAAGUUUUCUUUUUCAUUUUACAAAUUAAACGUUAAUGUACACGCUGUAAACCACUGGCAAUAACAAUAACUCUGAUGGGACAAAAAGCAGUGAGUACAGAUGGUAUUUGUAUUUUGGUGCCAUGGAGUGUUGUUCAGGCUUUUUUUUAAUUGCACUGAAGGAAAAAGGAGUCAACACAAAGCCAAUUAUGUUUUCCUCUGUGAAUAGUGAAUGGCAAUGCAUAUCCAUCAUACUUUUCAAAGCGAGUGUGUCUUGAACUGCAGGGGAUGAAUAUUAUCAUUAUUAUUAUUAUUAUUAUUAUUAUUAUUAUCCCACGCAUGGUUAUGUUUGAAUGCUGUUUUGUCCUUUGUUUUUUUGUCACAUAUCACAAGAUAUUCUCCUGCUGCUCGUGUUUCCACAGCAGGAUGGACAAGAAUAAAAAUACAUUCUUACUAAA